CACCCUCCGGGUCUACCAUCUGUCCACAUACACUGUCUGGGCUCCUCCUCCCACUGACACUCCGUAGUAUGUAGGUCUCCAGCUUCUUCCCUGGCCUCACAUCUCCCAGGGGAGGUAGAAGACCAGUUUAGGCGAAAUGGCUGGUAGGAUUUUAGUGGAAGUGAGAGCCAGGCCUGUAGCUAUGUGGUGCACUGUGUGGUUGGAUUGAAAAAACCAUGGCCUCUGGGAGCGGAGCCAGCCAUCUGUCUGGCAGAUGAUUUGAGAUUUGAGAGCUGCAGGUUCAGAUGGGAGGUGACAGCUGGGCUGGGUCCUGGUGGUGAUAAAGGAGAGGGAGAGACCCAGGGCAUCUGACAGGACCUGGCAGGGAUGUGAGAGAAUGAGCGAGGAGGAGGCACCCAUGGAAAACGGGCUUGACUGACUACAGAAAACUAAACUGUGUGCCGCUGGUGUUACCCCACCCUGCCCGCUCUUCCUGGACAGUCUUCGGUUACCUCCAUGUGUCUAGAACCCCAGAUAUCUCCCAACAGCCCUGUGGAGUAUUCCAUUCUUCACAAACAAGCAAACCUCCAGCUUGCCACUACCACUGUAGUCAAGGUGGUUGCCACAGCAGUUGAUAUCAGUGCUCUAGUCCCCGAGGAGCCCGUCACCCUCCAGCCUGCCUACAGCUCGGCUUUACCACUUAGAAGGCAGUUGGACACACACUCCUGCGUCCCCUGUUCAGAGAACUGGGUGGGGCCAGAAAGGCUGGAAAGGGAGGCGGGCCUUCAGGUGGCCUCUUCUCUUGGCAUCCCAGGCUCCAGCCCACUUGAUUCCCUGACGUUGGUGGUAGUGGUGGCAGUGGCAACAGCCGUAGCACUUGGGCCAUGGCAGAGGACGGGCCGCAGAAGCAACAGCUCGACAUGCCACUGGUUCUGGACCAGGACCUGACCAAGCAGAUGCGGCUCCGAGUAGAGAGCCUGAAACAGCGUGGAGAGAAGAAGCAGGAUGGCGAGAAGCUGCUCCGGCCGGCUGAGUCCGUCUACCGCCUUGAUUUCAUCCAGCAGCAGAAGCUGCAGUUCGAUCACUGGAACGUGGUUCUGGACAAGCCGGGCAAGGUCACCAUCACGGGCACCUCGCAGAACUGGACACCCGACCUCACCAACCUCAUGACGCGCCAGCUGCUGGACCCUGCCGCCAUCUUCUGGCGCAAGGAAGACUCCGAUGCCAUGGAUUGGAAUGAGGCAGAUGCCCUGGAGUUUGGGGAGCGCCUUUCUGACCUGGCCAAGAUCCGCAAGGUCAUGUAUUUCCUCAUCACCUUUGGCGAGGGCGUGGAGCCUGGCAACCUAAAGGCCUCUGUGGUGUUUAACCAGCUCUGAUGACAGCCCUGGCUGUCCUGCCCCUGGCCCUAACUCUCCCUUGCCUGGACUUCCUUCCUCAUAUGUAUUUUGGGGACAUUCUUCUAGCUGCUCCUUCUGUGCUCAUCUUGGUCAGAAGCCCCCUGAGGCUACAUCCCCUCCUUUUCCAUGGUACCAGUGCUGCAGCUCACAGUGAUGCCCCAUGGCUCCAUAGUCUAGAAGCUGGAUGCUACUACUAUAGACAGUAGACGCCUUUUGGGUCCAUGUGGGAAGAUGGAUGGGCCUCUUGGCCACCUGCCAUCUCUGCUUUAUUGUGUUGAAGAACGGAACUGAGAGAUAGACUGACCAAGAGAUGCAAACAGCCAGCACUGAUUCCUCCCUUCAGGGACGGGAGACUGAGGCUGGACAGGAACACCUUCCGGGGAACCUGGCGAGAAAGCAUUUGUCCCUGCUGUCCAAAGCUGGAGCCAGGAGGUGAAUGCAGCAGGAACGUGCUCCCCCCAGUGUCAGCACAGCCCACUGUGACCUUAGGGCCUUCAAGA